UUAACAGUACGCGCGUAUUUCGAGGUUAUCAUCGAAUUUAGCCGACGUUAACCGAUGUUUAACGAAGCGUUGUGAGUUCCGUGUGUGUUAAGUGUUCGUUGGUGUUCAGUUGGUGCGCCUCGGCUGGGCAAAAUCGUGUAAAAUGGAUACAAAAUUUCGUUGUGAGGUUGAGGUUGGCCGUUGAAACGAGUGAACAUGGGAAGGUCCAAGUUUCCCGGGAAGCCGCCAAAGACGGUCACCAGGAAACGGAUCAAGGUUCUCGGCCAGCCCGAGACAGCCCAAAGCGAUUCGGUAACCGUCGCCGAAAACAUCUACUACGGACUUUCCCUGUUCAACGAAACAUUUGGUGACAACGAGAAGGAACAUCCACCGUUCCAUGGCUUUAGCACCAAGGAAGCUAAUCUUUCCGUGUCUUACGUGAAAACGCAACAGCACGACACAGGAAACGCAACUGUUAAACCGCAGCGUGAUGCCGUUGACAGUCCCGCGCCGCAACAGACUGUACAGAAUGUCGCAGAUAUUAAAAAUGCUCCCUCGCGUACUGAAAAUAAUACAGAGGGCCUAGGCGAUAAGAGCCACGGCAAACCAGUGGAGGAGGACAAGAAGGAUGUGACAGUAGUAAAUUCCAAGCAUGCUGCCAAGUUUCACAGGUCCAAGAGCCGCAGGAAUUGUAAAAACAUCAAGUUCUCCAAUUUCAUGAAAACACCAGUAUUAAAGUCGGUGAACAACAUCUUGGACCAGCAUCAACGAACGAGACAACUGCGCAACAGCACUGCAAAGAGAUUGUUGCAGAGGGCAAAAUCCAACAGUAACAAUGCACGUAACAUGACAGCGCAAUGCGGUGAGAAACCAAACGCUGUGAGAAAAUUCAUUUUACCGGUCCGAAGUGCUCAUUCGUCGAGAGUUAUCAAACCAAACAAGAGGUUCAUCGAGGAGCUGGAAGAAAUUUCUGGAGCAGAGCACAGCGAGAAUGAAGUCGGCACGCACGUAAAGAAAGCGAAAUUCGCAUUGAGCAAACUUUGUAAUAAUCAGGAGACGAAAUUGAAAGAGGGGAACGUUGCGAAACUCUACGCGAAAUUGAAAGACAAGGAGACGAAGAGCAGGGCCAAGAAAGUCAUUCAGCGUGCAAGUUCCGAUGCCCAGACUGUAAUACAAUCUGGAAAGAGUCUUGAGAAAUUAGCAUCCUCCGUACAAGACGCACAAGUAUCAAAAACUAUUAGUACAGACGUUAGUAAGAGGACGAGUGUGUUGGGUAAAGGCAAAGUGGUAAAAUGUUUGUCCGACGAAUGUACCGGCACGGUGAGUGGUCAAGACGGUGUACGAAAUGUAACUAGAAAAGCUCAACAUGCAAAAUUAAAUGUCUCCAAAAACCAAAAGGUAAUUUCUGUUCCUACAAAAGUUCUUCCUGAUUCUGAUGUUCCAAGUUCAGAGUCUUCCAGGAUUCAGACUAGGUCAGGAACUCAAAAUGAUACGGUUGAUUUAGAAGUUCAGACAAAUUUCGCAGACGUGACAAAAGUGAAGGAGAACAAUAGCGCAAAGGGCCGUAGCAAAAGUACCGACAGGAAUUCGGAUAAUCUCGACACAGAAAGCACAUUGUCCGAAAGUGGAAGCGAGCAUAGUAAUCACACAGAGGACGAACAGUCUGAAUGGACUGGGAUGAAGUUGAACGGCGGAAAGGUUAUUUUAAGGAAAGCGAGAUUAAAGUUGGAUAAUAAAUGUAUUGGUGGAACCGAAGGUCCCUUUUCAACGACAAACAGUAACAGCGUUACAAAUGGAAAUGGUAAUUUAGGUUUAACUGGCACCAUCAAGUGUGGAGUUUGUGGUGCUGUGCGGUUCUAUCGGUUUGUGAAACAGGCUCGAAAAUUUGGUAUUCACAGUUGUGAAUCGUGUAGAAAGUUUAUCAGUAAAAUGAUCAAACGACAGGCUUGCGCAAAAUCUACGAAUAGUACGCUUCCAGUUCUUCAAUGUCACAAAGGCGACGGUUUGUGCUUGGUACCGCCUGUCGUAAAGAGUCAACAGUGGAAUCUCAUGAGAUGCGUUUACAAGGCUAGAUGCCCGGCUUGUUGGUUAAAAAUGUGCUUGAAAUGUUACAACAUUCCUUCUUCUCUGAAAACAGGCUUAAACACAUUGCUACCACCGAUGAUGAGAGAUCCACUGAAUAUUCCAUUGAUGUUGAGUCAAGAAGAUCACGAUAGCCAGGGACAAAAGUUGAUAUCUUCCAAGUUAGGUUGGCCUGCAGAAGAUAGUUCGGAGAAGAACUUGUUCAAAUCAGCCAUGAAUUGGAGAAACAUAGAGAUAGGUCAAAAAGCUAGUUUUCAAGGCACUGGUGGUUUUCUAUAUACAAAGUUAGAUAAAUUCGACUCGUCGUUGAAUAUAUCGCCUAGUAAAAAAAGAAGAAAAAACAAUAGGAUAAAAGUGAGGAAGAAACUGAAGAAUCCAAUGUUCUCGUUACCAUCUUUAAAUCAAUGUCCACAACCUCUGAGACAGAGACUCGAAUUGAAAGGGCCGAGAGUGAAACACGUUUGUCGAAGUGCGAGCGUGGCUCUUGGCCAACCAAUUGCAACGUUUCCCUCUGUAGAUGGAAAGGAGGAUACCGAAAGCAAUAAACACAUUCCGAAAACUUUGAAGGAAAACGAUAGGAUAGAGAAAAAGGACGAGGCAAAGGAGAAGGAAUCGCAAAAACGUAACGACGAAAAUACUGUGAGUCACAGUAUCGUUAAUACAACGCAGCAACCUCACCCGAAAAGAGGCAAAUCGCAACAGAACGUGUCAACGUCAAAUUUUCAAGUGGCACCUAAAACAGACAGCGACACAUUACACACGGUGUCUAUAGAUUUCUGGGAACAAUACGAUCCCACGGAAGUCGGUGCGAAAGGCUUUGCCCUCAUCGGUUCGGAACUGUUUCAUAUUCCUGCAAUUUGUUACCUUUGUGGAAGUGCUGGGAAAGAGCCACUGAUCCACUGUCAGUGCUGUUGUGAGCCAUAUCAUGCCUUUUGUUUGGAACCCAGUGAAUGGAAUGCUUGCGCUCAACCAAACUGGUGCUGUCCUCGAUGUACAAUAUGCCAAUCCUGCCAUCUAAGAUCUGGUCCAAAAUUGUCUUGCAUUCGUUGUCGUCAAUCAUUUCACCAUUCGUGUUUGUCAAAAUCUGGCGUUAGCGCGAGACUAUACAGUCCCGAAAGACCCUAUGUGUGUCAGAGUUGUGUUAAGUGUAAAAGCUGCGGUAGCGAAGGAGUUAACGUCCACGUGGGCAAUUUACCAUUAUGCUCCAUGUGUUUUAAAUUGCGUCAAAAAGGAAAUUACUGUCCCCUGUGUCAAAGAUGUUACAACGAAAACGAUUUCGACACAAAGAUGAUGGAGUGCAGCGAAUGUUCGUACUGGGUACACGCGUACUGCGAAGGAAUUUCCGACGAACGUUAUCAAAUUCUUAGUUACUUACCCGACACUAUCGAAUUUACGUGCAGCCAGUGUUCCUCGAAUCCAAAUUCCGUUUGGAGAAACGCCAUAGAAGCUGAACUGAAAGCUGGUUUCAUAGGAGUCAUAAAAUCGUUGAGUAAGAACAAAAAGACUUGCGCUGCGUUAAAGUGGAGUCCGAGAAAGGAAUGUUUGUGCAGAUCCAACCUUUCCAACGGGAAAAGAUUGGAUUUCUCGAGCGAGAAGACGGAUACAAAUCUGAACAAUGUCAAAGAAGGUGCAAACGUCGAGGAGGCUGACGAAGCCAACGGUGGAAAGGUCAAAAGUGCAGAAUAUAGUUGUAACAGUAACAAUAACAUUAACAACAACAACAACAACAGCAGUAGCAACAACAACAACAACAACAAUGCUAAUAAUAAUAACAACAACAACAAUAAUAAUUCAAAAUCCGAUUCGACGAGUAAAUCGGAGGAGGACCAACCGACAAGCGACAGUUGCAACAGAAGAGGUUUGAGACGCCUUCGACAAAAAUUUCACUUGAAAGAGUGCUCCGUUCGUGUGAAGAACUGCGCGGUGAAGGACACCGAGAAGGACAACGAGAGGAAAGAUUCGUCGACGACUCAGGAAGGUUCGAACGUGAGCUGGAACGACGCGUCGGCAGAGUGUCAUUGCUCGGAGCAGCAGAUCAUCGUCAGGCCCUCGCCGACGUUGAUGUCGGUGAAACGAAAGGUGAACAACAACGAGUACCAAACGCUGUUGCAGUUUCACUGCGACAUGGAGCGCGUGAUAAGUCGUAGUGGAGCGAAGGAGCUCACCGAGGCUUAUCACGACAUCUUGAAGGACGUGUUCCCGUGGUUCAGUCCGAAAAUGAUAAAGGCAGGAGGGAACGGGAAGCGCGACGCGUCGACGUCGGGUGGCAAGGAGGCGAGCAAGGAGAACAGCCCGGUGACGACGAGGCUCCUCGACGACUCGAUCCUGGAGGUGUGGAGGGAGGAGGUGAUCAAGGCGCCGAAAGCGAUCGCGGCCAAGACGGCGAAUUUGUACAGCGUGCACGUCGAGGACGGUCGAUCGUGUUGCUUGUGCAAGGGGCUGAGCGACGGCGCGGAAACGAAAGAGGGACGGUUGCUGUACUGCGGGCAGAACGAGUGGGUACACUCGAACUGCGCGCUCUGGUCCAACGAGGUGUUCGAGGAGAUCGACGGUUCGCUGCAGAACGUUCACAGCGCAAUCUCGAGAGGUCGGCUGAUUCGCUGCACCGAGUGCGGAAAGAAGGGGGCGAGCGUUGGCUGCUGCGCGAAAAACUGCAACAAUACAUUUCAUUAUCCCUGCGCGAGGAACGUCGGCCUUGCCUUCAACGACGACAAGACGGUGUUCUGUUGCUCGCACUUGAACAACUGCGCGCAGAAAACGUUGCAGAGCGAGAACGACUUUAGCUUGCAGAGAUCGGUGUACGUGGAGUUGGAGGUACGUAAGAAGAGAAAGUACGCGGAGCCGAGUAAAGUAAAGGUGAUGAUUGGCUCGUUGAUGAUCGACUGCCUGGGCACGGUUAUACCCGAGUACUCGGACGCCGCCGAGAGGAUCAUACCUUGCGACUAUAAAUGUUCCCGGCUCUACUGGUCGACGGUGAAUCCGUUUAAAAUCGUGCGAUACUACAUUCGAACGUACGUGCAGGUGUACGUACCGGAGGUUUCCUCCGACUUGGAAAACAACGUGACCAUCGAUCAUUCGAAGGAGAAGGAGCAGCAAGACGAGGAGGACGAGGAACGAGAGGAGGACGUGGAGGAGGCAGAAGCGGCGGAGGAAGACGAAGACGACGACGACGACGACGACGACGCUGACGAUGACGGUGACGGUGACGGUGACGGCGACAGAGACGGUUCGAGCAUCUUCGCGUCGAGCGCGGAAAAGGGGGAAUACUUGGCCGUGAAGCAAACGCUGGACGCUCUGAUCGACGCGGUGUGCAACAAGGAGGUGGACGAAAAUCUGGCCGAGCAAAACAACACGGAUCUUUUGCCGCCGGAGUUGAAGGAGGCGAUAUUCGAGGAUUUGCCGCACGAUCUUCUGGACGGGAUCUCGAUGCAGGACAUAUUUCCAAAGAUGACGUACGAGGAUUUUUUAGCGAUGGAUCUGAAGAACGACGGGACGGCGUUCGCGGCGGACCUGUUCAAGGACGACAACAUCAUGCUGGCGUCGGAGGUGGAGGAGAUGGCGGGUACUGGGGAGAGGAAGCCGACGGCGGAGAGCAAAGUUUCGAAGAUGGUGGAUCCGUCGUUGGUGGAAUUGGGAGGGCACAACGACCUGUGGGUUCACUUGGAGGCGAAGAGUUCCGUCCAGGAUCUGAUGGACGAUCUGUUCAGCUCGAAGAACGCGAAACGAGGCGGAGGCAGGGAGCUGAAGCGGUCAAAGUCGGAGGUGAUGUCGAACAGUCCGUUGAUCGUCGGAGGCGGGCAGAGGCAUCAUCAUCACCAACGAUCGUGCAGCUUGACGUGGAGCUGCAAGUUGGACGGCAGCUACGGCCCGACGAUCAAACGGAGGAAACUGUCGCGGAAUCCGAGCGCGACCAGACCGAACGAGACGGCGAGCGUGAUGCUGCUGGGCGAUUCGCAGAGCGAACGGGCGCACGAGCGGACGUUGCACGAGCUGAGGAUCCCGGAGAGUAUCAUGGUGACGGUCGGCAGAGCGAACACGCCCAACAUUCUGUCGGACUCGGUGCGGGAGUUGAAGUACUGCAUCGAGGACGCGGCAAGCGGUAUGAAUCGUCGGGUGAUGUCGAGCAGCCGGGAGGAAGGCAAGGAGCAGCACAAACGGCUGUUUUGGCACGCGGCGAGGCAACAGCCGCGGAUCCUGCAGGUGGACGGAAUCGCCGAUCCGAGCAGCGCCAGCGAGUGCAGCUCGCCAGAGUACAACGCGGAGGAGAAGGGAAGCGGCGUUGGAGUGCCGGGACACUUGUCGAUCCCGCAGUUGGACGGUAUCAACGACGAAUGCUCCAGCGACGGUGGUAGUAGCAGCAGCUGCGCGGAAUCUCCUUUGCUCGUCGAGUACGAGCACGUUGCGAGCAACGCGUUACGAUCGAGACGUUACGAUAUAUACGGAUUGAUUAGAACGCAGGUGAGCAGAUCGAGCGACAGCGACAGAGCGCAGAAGAAGGCGGCCGAAGGAGGAGGAAUGGAAUGCGACGACGACAACGACGACAACGACAACGACAACGACAACGACAACGACAACGACAACGACGACUCGGGAAACGGAAAGGAGACAAAGGAGAAAAGUUUAAAGUUGAGUUUGGGGAUUCCUCAGUUGGACGGGGCCGACGACGUUUCCAGCGACGACGAGUGCGUCUCGCCGGUGGAGCAGCAGCGGGUCGAGGGCGAGACGACGAGCAGCGUGGCGUGCAGCGUGCGCGUGACGGAUCGGCCCGUGACGUGCAAACGAUGCCGUUGCACGUACAGAACGCAGGACAGCUACAAUCGACACCUGGCCAGUUGCGACAUCAUGAUAACCAGCGACAGCGAUUCCGAGACCAUGGACAACAAGCUAGCGUCACCGGACUCGAGAUUCUCGCCGAGCAUCGGCUCGGUGUCGCCGCAGUUUCUCACUUUGUCGCCGUCCGAGGGUCACACCGUUUCCUCGUCGGACUUUCCUCCGGACAUGCAGGCCACCUCGCCGCUGGAAGCCUCCGUGGCGUCGCCUCACCCGGCCAUUCAGAUCGAGCCGAUAGCGCAGGCCAUCAUCACGCCGCAGAUUCACACGCACGCCACCGUGGAGACCGUUCAUCAGACGGUGCUCACGUCCAACGACAUGAUCGUCCAGACGCAGUACACCAGAACGACCACCACGCUGCCGAACGCGGCGGCGGUGUUGCCUCAGGAGAGCACCGUCCAGAUAACCGAGAUCACGGAUCCACCGUCGGUCGCCAGCAGCGAUUCCAGCAGCAGCAGCAGCAACAGCAGCAGCAGCAGCAGUAGCAGUAGCAGUAGCAGUAGCAGUAGUAGUAGCAGCAGCAGCAGCAGCAGCAGCAGCAGCAGCAGUAGCGGCAACGCGUCUCAGCAGAGCAACAACAUGGUCAACACGCCGAUGAGCUCGCCGGACGGUGGAAACGGUUCGCAGACGGUACCGAGCCCGCAGGUGUCGCCGACGUACCCGUCGAGCGGUGCCCGAUCGAUCGUUGUCGCGGCCAACAACAACUGCGAUCAUCCGUCGCAAGCAGGCGGCUUGGUGGGGAACUCGCAGCAGGUUCAACUGACGAAACUGGCGAGAUCGAGAUCGGCGAGGGCGCCCAAGUCUCGUGCAAAGGGGCUGAAAACGUCGGCGGCGGGGCAGAUAGUGAGGAACGCGGGCGUGCAACCGCACAGCAGCAACGGGCAUCACCAGGCCGCUAGGUUCCAACCGAUACAGAACAACGCCCCGAUCAUACAGCUGCAGCAGGCGACUCAGAGACCGAGCGGCCCGACCGUGAUACUGCAGCAGACCGCGUCGCCCGGCAUCGUGUCCGCGUACGUCGAGACGUUGCAGCAACAGCAUUCCGGCCAGAAUACGCUUCAGUACGUGACGACGAUCGGCGGUCAGCACGAGACCGCGUUCAAGCCUCAGUUCAUAACUGCCGCCAAUCACUUUGUCCCCGGUGCGUACAUCCAAGCGUCCUCCGACAAUCUGCUGGCGUUGCAGCAGAAUGGCGGCAUAUCGAUAUUGCCGGGCGUGCAGAUCGCUCAGACGCAGCCGACGGUCCUCGGUACCAUCAUCCAGCAACAGCCACCGAGUGCCAUUCAGUGCGGCGUUAUCUCGUCGGAGCAGUUGCUGCUGAGCUCGACGCCGACGCUGGAGAUGUUCACCGAUUCCACCGGCAGCAUGUUCCUCUCGAAUCAGCCGAUGUACUACGGUCUGGAGACGAUCGUCAGCAACACGGUCAUGUCUUCCAGCCAGUUCAUGGCUGGCGCGAUACCGCAGGUGUUGGCGAGCAGCUAUCAAACGACCACGCAAGUUUUCCAAGCCUCGAAGCUGAUGGAACCGAUCGUGGACGUUCAGGGCGUCCCGACGGCGGUGACGGCGGUGCAGUCUGUCCAGAACGUACCCGCAGUGCCAAGCGUGCCGAACGUGCCGAACGUGUCGAACGUUGCCAACGUGCCCAACGUGCCCAACGUGCCCAACGUGACCAACAUAGCCAGCGUACCCAACGUACCUAACGUUCCAACUGUUCCCGCCAUACCGACCGUACCCGCCAUGCCCUCUUCCGUCUCCAACUGCGUCUCCAACGUGUCCAAUAUGUCGAGCGUCGCGAAUAUACCCAACGUGUCCAACGUGCCGGCCAUGUCCAGCGUGUCUAGCGUGCCCAGUAUAUCCAACGUACCUAGCGUGCCCAGCCUCUCUGCCGUACCUGGCCUACCCAGCCUACCCAGCCUACCCAGCCUACCCAGCCUACCUAGCCUACCUAGCCUACCUAGUAUAUCCAGUAUUCCUGGUAUAUCACCCUCCAGUGCAACCAACGCAACACCCGGCAUACCCAGUAUGCCUAGCAUGCCUAGUUUGCCUAGUUUGCCCAGUAUACCCAGUAUACCUAGUAUACCUGGUAGUAUACCGAAUAUAACUGGCGCGCCCAGUACGCUCGGCGGUACCGGUGUGUCGAACAUGCUCAGCGUGGCCAGCGUGUCGAGCGUAGCCAGUGCGUCCGGUAUACCCAACUUGCCCGUCGCGCCCACCGUCCCCACCGCAUCCACCGUACCCAACAACGCGUCCAACGUCUCCUCCAAUAUACUCAACCCGGCAGCUAGUUUGCCCAACAACGCUUCGAACGUGACCAGCAACAGCGUACCGGCUGGACCGCCUAUAUCGGCCGUUCAGAGCGUGUCGAACGUCGCCACCUUGCCAUCCAACGUCGGGAACGUCGCCGAUCUGUCCACGGUGUCCGCCGGUGGUUACGUGGUCGUGAAUCGGUCGACACCCAUGGCGGAAGCAGCCAUCGCUACGCCGCAGAUUGACGUUCCUGCGACGCCCGAGCGAAUCUUUGCCCCAGUUAGCUGCAGCAGCAACAACAACAACAACAACAACAACAACAACAACAACAACAUCUUGCCAACGUCGGUGUCGUGUCAGAACACCGUGGCGGAACCGAUGCAACAUUCAUCGAUCCAUCUGCCACCAGAUACCUGCCCGUCGGAGACGUUGCCUCAAGCUGUGGCGAGAGUCGCGUGCCAAGAGACUGUAAAAUCGCUGCAGACCUCGCUGCCAACGAUACCGAGAGUGGCUGUACGACCGAGUCCCGUUUCAAACUCUGUCGUACAACCUAGCGGCGGACCGUGGAAAAUCACCGAAUCCGUGUUUGCCUCCGAGCACCAACAAAUGACCAACAACAACAACAACAACAACAGCAACAACAGCGUCCGGCCGUACUUCGACUCGAAGCACGUGUCGGAGAACACCAGUAUGAUCAAGUCGAGCAUAUCGUCGCCCAAAAUACCCCCGUUGCCCAAUCACUGUAUUACUCAGAGGGACAUCAUUGUAAAUAAGUUGAAUCACGAUGUAAAUAGUGUGCAUAAUGGUUACAGCGGUGCCGUGCCGAGCGCAAACGCCGUUAAUGUAAAUACGAGCAACAACAAUAACAACUGCAGCAGCAGCAGCGGCAGCAGCAGCAGCAGCAGCAGCAGCAGUAACAACAACAACAACAACUCGAUCGCAAUCGCGAGCUCGGCGGUGCAGAGCAAGAUCACGAUGUCGACCAGCAACGUGCCGACCAGCCGACCGAUGAACCGAGUGCUGCCGAUGCAGGCGGUGACGCCGAAGCAGGACACGGCCAAAAGCAUGCAGAAGACGGAGAUGAUGAUGAUGAUGGAGGAGCCGACGAAGCCGGUGAUCAAGCCGGCGGAGCCGGAGCAGAAGCUCGCGACCGAGUCCGAGAAGAAGCAGCAAGCGGUGGUGGAGGCUGUGGCGCCGACGGUGAAGAAGGACAGCCACACCGCCAUAAACGGCGUGAUGAACGAGACGCUGAACGCGAAGCUGAACGGCGAGACGAUAUACAACGAGGAGAGGAAAAAACUCUCGUUGAAGGAGAAUCUGAAGCUGGAGCUGGACAAGGAGAAGCUGCAGAACGCCUCGCUGAAGAUCGUGCUGCAGAAGCAGCUGCAGGACGGUUCGUACAAAAUCACGCACAACAUGAAAGCAAUGACGCAGAGCAAGAAACCGCCGCAGGUAACCUCCGUCGAGAUACUGCCGUCGAAACAGAUGCCGCAGAUCACCUCGUUGCAGCUGCUGCCGAUCAAGACGUUCACGUUGAAGACGAACAAGAUCGAGGAGGAAAAGAUGAAACCUUCUGGCAUGGUGGACAGCAACAACAAGUUCAACCUACUGAAGAACAAGACACCGCCGAUCGCCGUGAAGAAGCCACGAGUGAUGAGCAAAUCGAUGAAGCCCGUCCCACCACCGCCGCCGCCGUCGCAGCAGCAACAGCAGCAGCAGCAGCAGCAGCAGAAUCAGCCGGGCUUGCCGAACGUCGCGCAACAAACGCAAAAGAACACGGCGAAAGGGCCGACGCUGAUGUACGAGAUCAAGUCGCAGGACGGUUUUACUCACACCGCCUCGUCGAUGGCCGAGGUGUGGGAAACGGUGUUUCAAGCGGUGCAGAACGCUCGAAAGGCCCACAACUUGCCACCGCUGCCCCACAAUCCUCUCACCGAGAACCUGGGCCUGGAGAACAACGCCACCGUCUACUUGGUCGAGCAGCUACCGGACGUGAACAGAUGCACCAAGUACAAGCCACGGUUUCACGAUUUGGCACCGCCGAAGCCGGGGGAAGUGGUGGAGAGCGACUUGCUGAGGGCAAACGUGAACGGGGCUGCCCGCGCGGAACCCUUCAGAGGGAGGAAAGUUCACGACAUGUUCAGUUGGCUGGCGUCCAGGCACAGGCAACAACCAAAAAUGAUCGCCAUCUCCGAAGCCGAGUCCAGACGUGUGGCAAGUACCAAUCUACCAAUGGCGAUGCGCUUCAGAAUACUGAAAGAAACGUCGAAAGAGUCGGUCGGAGUGUAUCAUUCUCACAUACACGGCAGAGGUUUAUUUUGCCUGAGAGACAUCGAAGCUGGAGAGAUGGUUAUCGAGUAUGCCGGUGAGGUGAUUCGAGCAUCGUUGACCGACAAGCGAGAAAAGUAUUACGACAGCAAGAACAUAGGAUGUUACAUGUUCAAAAUCGACGAUCACCUGGUCGUUGACGCCACGAUGAAAGGGAACGCAGCCAGAUUCAUUAAUCACUCGUGCGAGCCAAACUGUUACUCGCGAGUGGUAGACAUCCUAGGUAAGAAGCACAUUUUGAUCUUCGCUCUCCGUCGCAUUACCCAAGGAGAAGAGUUAACGUAUGACUACAAAUUUCCUUUCGAGGACAUCAAGAUUCCAUGUACCUGCGGCUCCCGCAGAUGUCGUAAAUACCUCAAUUGAGACUGCAUAUAUACAGCUAUCGUAAGCAACCAGCCGGCACAGCAGAGAAUAUUGUGCUAUAAUUAAUACGCGCUUUCGAAUAGGAUUCGUUUUAUUGAACGUUAUUCAUUUUAAUCGUCAAACUAUUUUCAGAGAUCGCAGCUUUUUAUUACUAUAAAGGGAAUAGAUAUACAUUUAAAAAUAUUAGAAGGCCAGAUAUAGUACACGAAACAUCGCGUUAUGACAAUGUUACUUUAAACAGCUACGCUCGGUAGUUGAUUUAAGGGGUAUACUUAUAGCAAUAAACGAUUGAAAUAUGUCCUGCUUUCGUACCCAGCGAGCCUCGCGUGCUUCUCAAACGCGCUCGUUGAAGUGUGUUACUUUUUAUCCACGCCUGUGCUUUCAUGCACGUCUUUUAGACUCUGCGUACUAUCUUGACUAUCGAGGCUUAAGUGUACAAGUUAUCGUCACUUUACACUAAAUAAAUGGCAAAUGCUUUUAGCUUGUAUUUACACGCCAACAGACAAACAAACAAACAAACACACACACACAGUCACACGUAUAUAUAUAUAUAAAUUUCUUCCUUAUAACAUUAUAUUUUAUAAUUGACAUUUCCAAUUAUAAAUUUCGUAAUUUUACGCGUAAUUGGACCAAGUUUCAUCCUGCUGAAACUGUGCAAAAUUGGCGACCUCCACUUGGGAGAACAGAAAGUGAACUUUUAUCUACGACAUGGCUGCGAGACGAAAAGACACACGACUAUGCAAUUUGUGAACGUUACGACGUAAAUCCCGACUUUACACGUGACGAUCAGACAGUUGUGUAUUUUUAAAUAUUUUAUGUAAAUGUAAAAUUUAGUGUACAGUGUACGACUAACUUCGUGACAUUUUCACGUCUGAUGUAGGGCCAGAUUUCAAAUGUUCUUGUAAAAUAUUGUAAUUGUUAGAUUAGACAUUUGUCUUGAUGUAAGUACAUCUACCGGUUUAACUUAAAUUAGCGACGUAGGUGUUAGGAAACAAAAAAAAAAAGCGAGAGAGAGAGAGAGAGAGAGAGAGAGAGAGAGAGAGAAUGAAACAGAGAGAGAAAGAGGAAUGGAUAUAGGAAAGAGAAAAUGGCAAGAAGAAACAGUUCCCUAGAGUGGUGGGAUAGACUGUUUGAAGGUGUACCUACUUUGGCAGACAUUGAUGAUAUUUUAAGUCUUAUAAUAAUGGAAAGAGAAGAAACGAGACGAAACGAAAAAGAAAAGAAAAAGGAAAAAGUAAAAGAAAAAGAACGAACGAACGAACGAACGGGGAAGAAGGGAGGGGCUUGCUUUCCCAAGAAAUUAAUGCCUGUUGAUUUGUUUUCGAAUGAAAGAAUUACGUACGCGCAAUAUUAUUUUGAUAUGUUUUUUUUAUAGAUUUUUAAACGAUGCACCCAUGCGUUUUGUGCUUCCGCCUUGCCAAUAUUACAAUAUUAAUCUUAUUAUCUUUUAUUUUUGUAUUCGACGAACGCGAAUCGCUAGAUAAGAGCCGAGAGUGAAACUUUCUUUUUCCCUUUUUUUUUUUUUUUUUUUUUUUUAAGCAGAAACUCGAUGGUUUGCAAUCAAUCCGUCAAUCUUUCCGUAGUUUCUGUUCAAAAUUUUGUUCGACGACUCGCAAGAGGCAAGUGUACAACCACGCGUAAUCGAUUACGUUUGACACAGAUUGUAUAAAAAGAAAGAAAGAAAAAAAAAAAAAAAUGAUUAGAUCAUUGUUUCGAGUAAACGUUUUCUAGAAUGUGAACAUUUCUAGAAAAUAUUUGUGAUAUUUUCCCAUACUGGGGAAAGUUAUAAAUGUUCUUUAUAGGAAUAUAUUUCAGACUUUUACGGACAUAUGUGUGUAUGUGUGUGUAUAUAUGCAUAUAUAUAUAUAACGUAUUCCGUAAAAAGCACCUUUCUGUGAAAUGCAGUUUUGCCUUACCUACGCUUUAAACCCGGUGAUAGAUUUAGAUAUACCCCGAUGACUUAUAUUCAAACUGAAAGAAGAAGAAAAAAAAGAAUGAAAAAAAGAAAAAAAAAAAAAAGGAAACUAAUUGUGUCUAUGCAUCCAUUAAGCUAUGAUAAAGUAUUUUAGUGCGGUUAAUCAAUUUCUGCCGAGGUGGUUGUCCCUUAAAUUUGGUGCUCCAUGGACACCGUUAAGUGCACUUUACACGAAAAAAUGGCCUAGAGUAAGAAAUAAUAGGUGAGAAGAGUGGGAGAAGAGUUUGAUAAUAAUAUGAAAUGCGUUAUACGAGAAAAUAUCGAUCGCGAAUUUAUUUAACGAAAUAAUAUAAAGAGAUAAAUGAUGGCAGGAACAUUAUUUGAGCACGCGAGUAUUUGUCGUCGGUCGUGCAACAUUUUAAUCGGCCUGGUUUGGUACAAAAUGCGUAUGCUGAUUUGUAAAAAGUUACGAAACAAGGAGGUGAAAAAAAAAGAAGAAGAAAAUAGAAACUUGUUCUGGUCACGAGAAAUUGCCAUUUUUUUUAGGUAUUCUGAAUCGUUUUUUUUCUCUUUUUUUUUUUUUUUUUAAAUAUUAUGAUUGCCAAUAAUGGAUAGCUAUUAUUGGAAGAUGAAUAUUGUUAAUAUAAUGAUAAUUAAUUUUAAUCUGUAUAAAAAGAAAGAAAAAAAAAAAGAAAAGAAGAAGAAGUAAUAUGAUAUAAGAAAGGUAAUUUACUUGAAAAUAUAAUAGCAAUGUUAGAUAUUUUAUUGAUAUUUAUUACACUUAUGGAUGACGGUUCUAGGGUUAACGAGAUUUACUAAUUACAUUAAACAUGAUUUAGAGUACAUGGUGCACACACACGAUGGUCUAAUAUUGUUGAAGAAAUACGAACGUCAUCUUUUUGUGGGGAUGAGAGAAGAGCGCACGGUCUCUUCGAAAACGAAAGGGGAGAAAAGAAGAAAAAAAAAAAAAGAAAGAAAAAAAGUAACGAAUUCUUGUAAUUGUUACACGAUAUCACCACGAACAAUUUAGAAUUACGAGAUAUAAGCGAUGUAUUUCACUAUAGUUUAUAUUCCCAUAACAGAUUAUUAGUAUCUCUCUAUGAUGACUGUAACGAUAAUCUAUAAUGGGUAUAUAUAUUUACACAUGUCGGUAGAUAAAUUAAGAACACUGUUUUUUAAUUAUUUUUUUAUUUAUAAAAUCCAUAUGGAAUAUCGUAUGCACCAAGAAAGAUAAAAAGAGGGAAGGGGAGGGGGGAGAGGAAAAAAAAAAGUAGGCGUUUUAGUGGAUGGCGUGUGACAGGAUGUGAAAAAUUAUUUCUCUGUGAGGAAACUUUUAUCUCGCGCUUUUUUCUGAAACAUACUCUAUAUCUUUUUAAAUGAUUCCCUAUUCUCGCAAGGAGUGUGUACAAGCUCCUCCUUAGUAUUAUGCAUCUAGCCUUCAUUAUUAUGGUUAUUAUAAUUACGAUUAUGAUUAUUAUUAUUACUAUUGUCAUCGUCAUCGUCGUCAUUCUCAUCAUCAUCACCAUCACCAUCAUCAUCAUCAUCAUCAUCAUCAUCAUCAUCGAUCAAUUGUAAUCUACGCGAGAAGAUGGCAUAAUACACCGCUACUCAUAUUGUGCACCGUUUGUUUAAACUACAUACACCUGUUAGCACCUUGAAAAAGCGACUCGCGCGAAAAAGAGAAUAAAUUUGAACGUGAGAGAGAGAGAGAGAGAGAGAGAGAGAGAGAACUCAAAUAAAUAAAUAUAUAUAUAUAUAUAUAUACUUCACUUGAAGCUAAACAUGUUUUAGGUAAGAGAGAAAAGUGUUGGAUAUAUGCUAGUUUGGUGUGAUAAUGAAAUGAACGAUUGUAUUAUUCAUCAUGGACCCGUACGGUGCCCGUUAUUACUUUUUACGACAAUUUCAAAAGAAAAAAAAAAAAAAAGAAGAAAAGAACAUCGCAGCGUUGUGUAUCCUCUUGUAAUCGAGUGUAUCAUCUCUUCGAGAGUCUUUAGGGGUUAGUUUCCUUGGUUUUAUCGGCAAAACUAAGCAAUUUUCAAACGGAACGAAACGAAGCCGAGGCGAGAAACGAAAAAAAAAAAAAAGGGAAGGAUAAUUUAAAAUGUAAAACGCUUUUUAGGGUCGUGUAUAAACGAAAAAAAAAAAAAAAAAAAAAAAACGAAACGAAACGAAGAAGAGAAGGGAAUAGUAUUAUUCUAACGUUUAAACGAAUUGCAGAAUUUCGAAUGUUGUACUUGUUUAAAAGAAGGAAAGAAAGAAAAAAAGGAGAAGGGAAGAAUAGAGAGAUAUAAAACGGAGGGAAAGGGCAAAAGGCGGCGAGAGGAAAAAUAAACGACACUAUUGAAGAAUUUCAAAAUAAGUGGGAAAGGGAAAAAAGAUGAGCGAGACAGGAAUGGGAACGGAAGAAAAAUUGAAAAAAAUUGUCUGUGAUUAUCAGUCAUAAUAAUCUUUAGGUCGACAUAUUUUUUAGAGAAUAUUUUUUAGCAAAUUACAAAAUUUAUGAUAUAUCCCUAUUAUUGAUAUGAUAUUGGAUCAGACACGUUGCGCAUAAUAUUAAAAUAAAGUAAAAUGCAAAAAAAGAAGACGAAAAAGGAGAGAAAGACGAAAAAGAGAAAGAGGAAGAAGAAGACGAAGAAGAAGAAGAAGAAGAAGACGAAUUGAAACUGUAAAAGUUGCAAACUGUUUAAUAGAAUUAUGAAUAGUUGAGAUCGAUGGCUGUUGUAAAAUAUUCAGUGUUUGGACAAAUAAUUAUUAAAAACUAUUUAUAAUAUCGAGUAAUAUCGAGGUACGAUAUUGUAUCGCAUACUAUGGUAGCGUUUCUAUCUCUUUUGCGUUUGCAUAUUCAUCGGAAUAGAUAAUAGAGAGGAGAGAAUUGGUCGUAGGCCCAUACAAGACGAAGUCGUGACGAAUGUAAAAUUAAAACGAAGAGACGCUGCGGGAUAAAUAGCACGUAUAUUUACUCUGCGCGCGUUCAGCGUGUAAAUUGUCGUUAUAAAAUCCAUCUACUUAUUGUAGAAAACUUAUUAAAGUAAUCGUAAUGUUUACAUUAACCAGAUGAUAUGCAUACCACAUAGAGAGACACACAUACACACACACACACACACACACACACAUAACUACUGCUUUCAUCACAUGAGAUACACAUACACAUACCUACACGUACACACACACGAAAAGAAAAAAAAAAAAAAGAAGAUAAAACACUGUACACCCGUACGCCCAUGUUUUUGUAAUUAAAUGUUUUGUUAGUAUUAUAUGAGAAAUUAACAGAAUAAAAACACAAAUGGAAGUAUAAA